AUGAAGACUUGUGUGGUCCUCGCUCUCUUCCUGAUGGCAGGUGUGUCUCUUGGAGACAUCCAGAAGAGAGUCAAUAAUGGAAGGAAGUGCACCGCUGAUGAAACCAAAUCUUUUGUUUUCAUUACCGAGUGUUCUGGUACCGUCAUUGGCAACGGGAACUGGAUUAUCACUGCAAAACACUGCGAGGAUGAUGGAGGGCUCGACAGGCUAAUCAGGUGGUUUUCCCCAACCAAAAUUAAGGACGUCACCUUAACUCAAACAAUCACCUUGGAGAAAACUUUUAAACACGCGACUGCUGACGUCAUGCUGAUCAAAGUGAACACCAGCAUGGAGGGUAUGCCCUUGGUGCCUGAAGCUGUCUGCAGCCAAGUCCUGAACCAAAUAAGCCCCACAAACACUGUACCGAUGGUCGUUCCUGCUCGGCACACGAAGGAGGAGGACAAAACUUGGAAAGAUGUUUCCAUGUGUGCCGACAUCAACGUGAAUGGACGGGGCACUAUUAGGAAAACCAAUGUCUUGCUCUGGAGUCCUGAUGGCUGCGACACCUGUAAGUUGAGCAUGCAUCACGCCCACGACCUGGAUGACAGAGAGUCCACGCCGGCGGGAUGCCACAGGGGCCGGUACUGGUGCCACUAA